AUGUCUCAGAGGAUCGGUAAUGCCGUACUGGCUCUCACUCGCGUGUGGCACCAUGUUGAUGUUGCAGCAGACUCGAGGACACUUGGUAGACUAGCUUCACAAAUUGCUACCACGCUACAAGGUAAACACAAGCCGACUUAUACCCCCAACAGGGAUCACGGUGACUACGUUGUUGUUACAAAUUGUGCUCAUUUGAAAAUCACCGGAAACAAGUUAAAAGACAAGACAUACUGGCACCAUACUUCACGUCCAGGUACGUUAAACUUGAUCCCUAUGGAGAGAAUGAUUGCGAAUAAAGGUUAUGGGGAGGUGUUGAAAAGAGCAGUUAAAGGAAUGAUACCUAAAAAUAAGCAUAGAUUGGUGAGAAUGGACAGAUUGAAAGUUUUUGAUGGUGACGAGCAUCCUUAUAAAGAUAAUCUAAUAGCAUUUGCCGACGAAAUGAAGGAAACAAGAGCCAAGUUGGCCAAGUUGGAAGAAAACGAAGCAAAGAGGGCAGAGCUUAGGAAAAAGUAUUUGGCUCAUCAAGUGUAA